CUUGCGUUUCAGUGAUAAUGACCCAAAAGAAUAAAAAAAUUCAGAAGAAGCAGUAGUAAUAUUUGUAGUCAAAUUUGGCAGCUUUUUUUGUAUUACUAAUAAUAAUACUCUCUCUUGUUUUUUUUUUUUUUUUUAACUUUCUCAGUUUUGAUGUUUUUGCUCUGCGACUACAUUACACAGUAGAUUGAUGAUGAAAACCAUGCAAAUUUUGAUUUCCAAUGAGAAAAACAAGACAUGGGAUUUCAUAUCCUUGGUCUCGAUGGCCAUAAUAUUCUCUUUUCUUUCAUGCCCAUGUCUCUCCGAUCCUAGAAUCACCGAAGCCAGCCUCUACUGCGGCAUCGGGAAACCUCCGGCGAAGGUGAGCUUGGUUCCGACUUUCGUCAGAGAAAUGGAGAGCAUUGCCCAAGGCGUCAACACAAGCCAAUGGGCCACUCAUUUCGAUAACUCUACAAAUGGGCUGCCCAUGUACGGUUUAGCCCAAUGUCAUCAAGACCUGUCCCAUAUGGAUUGUCUCCUCUGCUACGCCGCCAGUCGAACCAGGCUUCCCCGUUGCUUGCCCUCCGUCUCGGCUCGAAUUUACCUCGACGGAUGUUUUCUUCGGUACGAUAAUUACAGCUUCUAUAACGAGAGUACCGACGCAGUUCGUGAUUCGUUCAACUGCAGCGCGAUAUCUGCGCCGUUGGAUGGUUCGACUUCGAGGUCGAAAUUCGUGGCCGAGGUUGGGUUCGUGAUUGGGAACGCGACGAGGGCUGCUACGGUUAAGAAUGGUAGUGGGUUUGGCGUGGCGGCGGGAGAUGGUGUUUACGCCUUGGCUCAGUGUUGGAAAACCGUCAGCGCCGAGGGCUGCCGAGCUUGCUUGCAGAAGGCGAGUACGGCUGCGAAGAAGUGUGCGCCGAAGAGAGAAGGGAGGAGUAUGAACGCAGGGUGCUAUUUGAGAUAUUCGACUGAGAAGUUCUAUAACGAUGAGGCAGAAGCAGAGAAGAGGAGCACUUCGAGAAGAAGAGGAAUCAUUAUAGCGAUUGUUCUAGCAGCAGCAGCAUUCUUAAUGCUGUCUCUGUUUGGUGCCUAUGCAGCCUAUGCUAAAAUGAUUAAGAUUAAAGCUGCUCGGCGUAACAUGGGCCAGAGCUCUUUCUGUUUUAACAAGUCUAGUUUGAGUUUCAAAUAUGAAACACUUGAGAAAGCCACAGAUUAUUUCAGUCCCUCAAAGAAAAUUGGACAGGGUGGAGCUGGUUCUGUGUAUAAGGGGACUCUUCCAAAUGGGAAAACUGUAGCAGUUAAGAGAUUGAUCUAUAAUACAAGGCAAUGGGUGGAUGAGUUCUUCAAUGAAGUUAAUUUGAUUAGUGGAAUGCAACACAAGAACCUUGUUAAACUUCUUGGUUGUAGUAUUGAAGGCCCGGAGAGCUUGUUGGUGUAUGAGUAUGUACCCAACAGGAGCCUCGAUCAGUUUCUUUUUGAGAAGAACAAGGUUCAGAUUCUGAACUGGAAGCAGAAGUUUAACAUCAUUGUUGGAACAGCCGAGGGGCUUGCCUAUCUUCAUGGAGGUUCCCAGUUAAGAAUAAUCCAUAGGGACAUUAAAAGCAGUAAUGUUCUUCUUGAUGAGAAUCUGACUCCCAAAAUUGCAGACUUUGGGCUUGUUCGUUGUUUUGGUGCUGAUAAGACUCAUCUCAGCACUGGGAUUGCUGGAACACUAGGAUAUAUGGCUCCUGAAUAUCUUGUUCGAGGACAACUCACAGAAAAAGCAGAUGUGUAUAGUUUUGGAGUGUUGGUGCUUGAAAUUGUUUGCGGUAGAAGAAACUGUGCUUUCACACAAGAUUCAGGCUCUCUUUUACAAACAAUUUGGAUGCUCUACAAGUCAGAUAAGUUGGCCGAAGCUGUUGACUGCAUGAAAGGUGACAUCCCAGCAAAAGAAGUAGCCAAUGUGCUUCAAAUUGGGCUUCUUUGCACGCAGGCCUCGGCCUCUUUUAGACCAUCCAUGACUGCAGUAGUUUCAAUGCUAACCAACAGGGAAAAGGAGAUACCAGCUCCAAACCAACCCCCAUUUCUAAACGCCAGUGCUUUAAACCCAACCAGCUCCACAAGGUCUUACAGCUCACAGAGCUUAGUAUCGAACGCCGUGACUAGAGUUGAAGCGUCCUACACAUCUUCAGAGAUUUCUAGCUCCAACAGUUCAGUAGGGCAAACAAGAAUAUGAGAAAUAACUGGCAUAGAUAGUUACAAAACUAAACUGAGUCCAAGUAGAGUUCACCAUGUCCAGAGAGACUGAUACUAGCAAGUACAAGAUUCGAACUUUGUGAAGUGAUUACUUUACUUGAUAGCAAAACCAUUACUAAUCAUGCAAAUGGGAAAGAGGCAAAUUAUUUGGAUGGUUUACUCAUACAUACUGCCACAAGGGUUGGUUUAACAGUACGGUUACUCAAGUUUUUGUUAUGUGAAAAGCAAAUCUGAAUUGAUAUACAGUACACAAUGUUGGAAUAUAUAUUUUUUAUAUAUAGAAUCAAGGGACCACCUCCAAAAAUUGAUGCUUACCAUAAAUUUCAAAAGGAGGAGGUGGGGACAGUUUGAUUAGGACCUGCUUAAUGGUAUUAGUCUCACACUCAUUGGGGGGCCUUGUUUCAUUUCCUUAUGGCUUAUACUCUACUUGAGCUGUCAUGAACAUUAUCUUCUUUAGACAAAACCGGUGUAUUAUAUGGUUUAAUCUGUAAUGCGAAUUGGUACUUGUCACUGGGACAGGUACAAUGCUUUUAUAAUUGUUAUUGAAUUAUACAGCAUUAUAUAGGUAGUGGUAGUUAGGUAAUAUUAAUAACACUAGAUGUGACAUCUUGAAUAGACAUAGACUAUACAAAAGUGGUGAGUUUGCAUAUCUAUGAUAUUAUAUAAUUAAUUGUGUAAUAAAUGAGGAGAUUGUUGCUUUGAUGAGCACAACAA